AUGGCUGAGAAAAUGCAGGCCCUCGUGACCGAAACCCCAAGCGGCAGUGCACCGGUCAUGGUGAAGAAGUCGAUCCCCGUGCCCGAGCCUGCCCCCAACCAGGCUUUGGUGAAGAUUUCACACAUUGCCCAGAACCCGACGGAUAUUCAGUCUCUUGACAGCAACGCAUUUGGGGCAGAUGCCGUCCUCGGCUGUGACUUCGUCGGCGUCGUGGAGAAGACAGGCGACAAGUGCAGCAAGCUCGCUGAGGGAGAUACAGUAGCGGGGCUCGUCUGGGGAGGUGAGGUUAAAGGCCUCGGUGCUUAUGGGGAGUAUUCCCUCGCCGACGACAAGAUCAGCUUCCGGGUCCCCAAGAACAUGUCGUUGGAAGAAGCCGCAACGCUUCCCCUGGCUUCCAUGACUGCGUGGCUCGCCAUCUUCUCCAAAGAUUCGCUCAAAAUCCCGCGGGACAGCGGUUCGAACGCUUCCAUCUUGAUCUGGGGUGGCAGUUCCAGUGUUGGAUCAUAUGCGAUUCAGAUCGCGGCACUCCACGGGCUCAAUGUCAUCACGACAUGCAGCCCCCGCCACUUUGACUUGGUCAAGUCGCUUGGGGCGAACCACGUCUUUGACUACCGCGAGAAAGACGUCGUCGAGUCUAUCAAGAAAGUCGCCCCUCGCCUGGAGUACGUCUUUGACACAAUCGGGAACGAGACGUCGUCCGGCCAGGCCUCCCAGGCUAUCGCCGAGAGUGGUGGACAUCUCUGUACCGUGCGCCCUGGGAAGGCCAACACCGAGAACGUCACCAAACAGACCAAAGUGACGGACGUGUUGGUUUGGACCGCGUUCCUGAAGGAUCACCAAUAUGGAUCGUUCAAGUGGCCGGCCAAUGAGAGUGACCACAAGCUGGGUGCCGAGUUUUAUGAGAAGCUACCCGGCUGGGUCGAAGACGGCACGAUCAAGCCCAAUACGCCGCAGGUCAUCCCGGGAGGACUCGAUGGGGUCGAGAAGGGGUUUCAGACUUACCGAGAUGGAUCUAUAUCGGGAACGAAGCUGGUGUAUAAGUUGUGA